AUGUUUGCUUUCCACCUUUUGGCCUUUUACCUUUCGAAGGUGAAAGAAAACCAGCUCAAAAAGUUGGACAGGAUCCUAUAUGAAUUUCACCUCUCAGAUGAGCAGCUGCUGGACAUUAUGGACCGGUUCAGUAAGGAGAUGGUGAAAGGCCUGGACAAGCAAACCUCCUCCACCGCCGUGCUCAAGAUGCUGCCCACCUUUGUCCAAUCCAUUCCUGAUGGCUCCGAAAGCGGUGAUUUACUUGCCCUGGAACUGGGAGACUCCACGAUUUGUGUGAUGAGAGUGAAGGUGGCUGAAGAUGGAGUGAGGUCACUGAAGAUACAAAGUAAAGUCUACCCGAUCAUGGAAACCCUGGAGCAAGGAACAGGCAAUGAGCUUUUCGACUAUGUUGCAGAGUGCCUGGGGGAUUUCAUGGGGAGUCAAGGCAUCAAGGACAAGAGGCUGCCUAUGGGCAUCUCCUUCCCCUUCCCCUGCAGACAUACCAGGCUGGACGAGGGGAUUCUUAUCUCCUGGACCAAACGUUUCAAGGCUACGGGAGUGCAGGGUGUGAACGUGGUCAAUAUGUUACGCAAAUCUAUCGAAAAACAAAAGGAUUAUAUGGUGGAUGUGCUAGCUCUGGUGAAUGACACAGUUGGGGUGAUGAUGGGUUGUGGAUUUGAGGACUCGUUCUGUGAGAUUGGCCUGAUUAUAGGUACCGGCACCAAUGCUUGCUACAUGGAGGAGAUGAGCCACAUAGACAUGAUUGAGUCUGACGAAGGGCAAAUGUGCAUCAACACAGAGUGGGGAGCAUUUGGGGACAACGGCACCUUGGAAGACAUCCGGACUGAGUUCGAUCGGGAGAUUGACUCUGGCUCCCUCAAUCCCGGGAAACAGCUGUUUGAAAAGAUGAUCUCGGGGAUGUACAUGGGAGAGCUGGUGAGACUUAUCCUAGUGAAGUUGGUCCAGAAAGGCAUACUCUUCAAAGGUCAGACCACCCCCGAACUCCUCACCAAUGGAACCAUUGAGACCAAACACAUUAUUUCCAUAGACAAACCCAGGGUGGGGCUGUACAAUGCCCGGGAGAUGCUGAGUGACCUGGGCAUGGAGAACGCGUCAGGGGAGGAGUGCCUGGCUUUACAGCACAUCUGUGGCGUGGUGUCCCUCCGCUCCGCCAGUCUGUGUGCGGCCACCCUCGGCGCCAUCCUCAACCGGCUGAAGGAGAAUCGCAAGCAGCCUCAGCUCCGUACCACUGUGGGUGUUGAUGGGAACGUUUACAAGAAAAAUGUUCAGUACGCCAAGAGGUUACACAUGAUUGUGCGGCGCCUAGUGCCUAGCUGUGAGGUGAGGUUCCUUCUGUCUGAGGACGGCAGCGGGAAGGGAGCUGCCAUCGUGACUGCCGUGGCCUACAGGCUGGCCAAUCAGCGGAAGCAGAUCGACCAGCUCCUGGCGGCAUUCAAACUGACCAAUGACCAGCUGUUGGAGGUGAUGAGGAAAUUACGGGUGGAGAUGGACCGAGGAUUAAAGAAAGACACACACGCCUCGGCCACCGUCAGGAUGCUGCCCACUUACGUGAAAAGAAUCCCCAGUGGAAUGGAGAGUGGGAAGUUCCUGGCCCUGGAUCUGGGAAGAACCAGCUUGCGUGUCCUGUUGGUCACCAUCCGCAGUGGUAACAAGCGAUCAGUCCGAGUGUACAACAAAACCUACAUGAUCCCAAUGCCAGUCAUGCAAGGCACAGGGGAAGAGCUCUUUGAUUACAUCGUGGAGUGUAUCGCUACGUUUCUGGAAUACAUGGGGGUGAAAGGCAUCAAGCUUCCCCUCGGGUUCACCUUCCCCUUCCCUUGUGUCCACGUAGAACUGAACAAGGCCAUUCUUAUUAAUUGGACCAAAGACAUUAAAGCCACAGGUUGUGAAGGCGAGGAUAUUUCCGUUCUGUUGAAAGAGGCCAUAAAAAGGAAUGGAGAGUUUGACCUGGACAUCGUGGCAAUUGUGAACGACUCAGUAGGAACCAUGAUGACUUGUGCCUACGAUUAUCCGAAAUGCCAAGUGGGAAUAAUUAUAGGGACUGGCAUUAAUGCAUGUUACAUGGAAGACUUGAAAAACAUAGAAAUCGUGGAUGAAAACAAGGGAAAAAUGUGUAUCAAUACCGAAUUAGGAGCAUUUGGGGACAAUGGGUGUAUCGAUGACAUUCGCACAAAGUUUGAUGACAAGGUGGAUAAAAAAUCCAUUAAUCCUGGGAAGCAAAAGUUUGAGAAAAUGAUCAGUGGGAUGUAUUUGGGUGAAAUUGUUCGGGAAGUUCUCAUCAACAUGACGAAGCAGGGGCUGCUGUUCCGGGACAGGUCCUCCCAGUCUCUCUACACAAAGGGCAUAUUCGAAACCAAUUUUUUAUCCAAGAUAGAGACUGACCAGCUGCUCCAGGUAAGAGGCAUUCUGCGGCAGAUAGGUCUAGACAGCACGUGUGAUGAUAGUGUUAUUGUGAAGAAGGUGUGUGAGGUGCUGGUACACCGGGCAGCACAGCUGUGCGGGACAGGAGUGGCUGCUGUGGUGGAGAAGAUCAGGGAGAACAGUCACCAGAACCAACUGGAGGUGACCGUGGGGGUGGAGGGAUCCCUCUACAGCUCCCACCCGAAUUUCAGGCAGAUCCUGGAGAGUACGGUGAAAGAAAUCGCCCCCAACUGCAGGGUGACCUUCAGGCUGACCGAGGACGGCAGCGGCAAGGGGGUGGCGCUGAUCGCUGCCAUGGCAGGAGAGCAGUGACUUGACCACGUCUCAUCAUCAUGCACCACCUCCCCCCUUCCUUUCCACACUUCUCAUUCCACACACGCUCCCCCCCCUUGUGCCACUAGCCACCUCUGUGCAGUUGAAUUGCACCUAUUCAACUGAUACAAUUCUGCCCAACUGUCCCCUUCCCCCCCCACCCUCACUG